ACAACACCAGCUUCGUCUUCGGCAAUCUCAUAGCUCGAUCAACACCUCAUUGAUCAUCUCCACCGUCUCGCCUCGCGCAAGCCAUGGGCGAGCUCAAGAAGCCGGCGUUCCUGCCGCUGCAGAUCAUCUCCAUCGUCGCCAUCGUCCUGCUGAGCACGGCGCCGCCGCGGUGCGCGGCGUUCAACCCGCGCAUGCUGUUCCUGGUGAAGCCGGACCCGAUUGUCCUGCGGGACCACGGCGGCGCGCUGCUCACGGGGAACCUCACCGUCAACCUGCUCUUCUACGGCCGCUUCGCCCCGGCGCAGCGCGCGAUCGUGGCCGACUUCGUCCGCUCCCUCUCGGCCGCGCCCCGGCACCCGGUCGCCGCCCCGACCGUGGCGUCGUGGUGGCGGACCACCUCGCUGUACCGCGGCGGCGGCUCGCGGGUGGCGCUCGGCAGGCAGGUCCUGGACGAGCGCAUGUCGCUGGGCCGGGGCCCGCUCUCGCCGGGCAACGUGACGGCGCUGGCGCGCGCCGCGGGGCACCACCGGGGCGCCGUCACGGCCGUGCUAACGGCCGCCGACGUCGCCGUGGCUCCCUUCUGCGUGUCGCGGUGCGGCAUCCACGGCCGCGACCGCGGCGGCGCGCACGGCCGGGCGCGGUACACGUACCUGUGGGCGGGGAACCCCGCGCGGCAGUGCCCCGGCCAGUGCGCGUGGCCGUUCCACCAGCCGCUGCACGGGCCCCAGGCCCCGCCGCUCGUGCCGCCCAACGGUGACGUCGGCGCCGACGGCAUGGUCAUCAGCCUCGCCGCGCUCCUCGCCGGCACUGUCACCAACCCCUACGGGGACGGGUACUACCAGGGCGAGGACGCCGGCGCCGGGCUGGAGGCCGCCACGGCGUGCGCCGGGAUCUUCGGGAGCGGGGCCUACCCCGGCUACCCCGGGAAGCUGCUCACGGACCCGGCCACCGGCGCGAGCUACAACGCCAUCGGGCUGGGCGGGAGGAAGUACCUGCUCCCGGCGUUGUGGGACCCGACCACCUCGCAGUGCAGGACACUUGUCUAGACGUGGCCGGAGGGAGACGCCCGCAGCGCGGGGGAGACGGCCAAACGCUCUGCCUCUGCAUGAGGGAGGAAGAAUAAAUGCCUCAUUAUUUAUGUCCAUACCUUCUGUUCACUUCCUUGCUGCAUAUACUCGUAGUUUGCUCUUCGAAGAGCAAAUUGUAUGUACUAUGCAUUUGUAGCAUGUCUGCUA